AUGUUCUUCUUCUUCCUGUUGUUGUUCCUGUUGUUGUUCCAUGGGAAACAUUCAAAGAAGCCUCUCAUGGGAGUCAGGCAUGUGGGUAGAACGACUGGGCCCGCUGGGCAGGCAGACGGGCAGAUGGGGACGCCUGACCAAUUCCAAUUCCAAUUCCAAUUCUUGGUCAGGGGAAAACCAGAGAGAAGGACAAAUACACCCUUGGCCACUGUACUACACUGUCUGUCUCUCUGCAAGGUGGAAAAAAGCCUUGGCGUUGGCACAAUGACUGACCGACCGACUGACCCACUGACUGACCGACAGACUACCGGUCUGCCCGUCUGCCCGUCUGCUCGUCUACCCGCCUGCCACUCUGUCUCACUGAGUUCUUCAAUUUAUGUCCAUAUAAUUAAAAUAGAAAAAGCGAAAAAGAAAACUGUGGAAUUUCGCACGUGGCGGAAUUGGGAGGGUCACCAAAAGGGAAAGGAAAAAUAA